UUGAUUUCUACUGUGAUUUACUAAAUUUUCUUUAUUUACUUGCUAUUGUGAUUAAUUUAAAAAUUUUUUUAAUAUUUUUUGGCAUUUCCCACACAUAACGAUGCCAAAUUUUGUGCAAGGUGUUUGUGAAGAAUUUUGUCCAGAGGCAGAAUCUAAAUUAAGAACGCGCGAAAAACUCUUAAAUUUCUUUGAGUAUAAAGAUGGUCAGAAACAUGUACCUGGUACAUUGGUUAAGUGUUUUGCCCGUUCGGCAGCAGGUAUAAAAACACCCAAAGCCAAGGAUAUGAGAACGGAAAGAUGUCUACAACGUUGCAUAGAGUAUUUGUUAAAGGACAUUAUACUAGAUAAACGAAAACCUUUUAAUCUUGUUUACGAUUUCAUAUUCGAUCGUCUGCGUGCUAUAAGACAAGAGAUGGUUAUGCAAAAUUAUAAUGCUAAGCAAACUAUCAAAUUAUUACAGCCCAUGAUUAUGUUCCUAAGCUAUAGUCGUUAUAAGUUAUGUGAAGAAGCUGUUGAUAAUUUCGAUCCCAAAAUAUGUGAACAACAUUUACAAGAGUGUCUAAAAAGGGCUUUAGUUUGUUACGAUGAAAUAUCACUGGAUGAUUUAAAACUAAUUGAUAUUUUCAAUCGUGCUUUUCUAGAGGCAUUAUAUCAAAUUUUCAAUUUAGGCUCUGUGGAUGCCUUAAAGCGAUGUCUUACCUUGCCCCAGGAAAUAAGAACCCACUCACUUUUUUCCCUAGUCUUUAAAAUAUCUCUUAGUUAUUUACAAGGUAACUACUAUCGCGUUUUAACUGGUCUCCAAACUCUUCCUCAUAUUCUAUGUGCAAUGGGAUGUUUAAAAUUACCCACUCUUAGAAGAAAUCUCUAUGAAAUAUUUGCAAAUGCUUACAGCAGUAAACAACUUUCCGUACCGGUCGAUUUUGUGCAACGUCUUACUGCUCAUGCCAAUGUAAAUGAACUCCUUGAAGAUUGUAAAUACUACAAUAUUAAGAUUCUCGAUGAUAAAUUACAUUUAAAUUUUCAAAAAAAUGAUUUUAAUUCCAAGAUAACAAUACUGAAGUGCAAGCAUGAAUAUUUUGUUGAUGUAAAAUUGAAAAAUAUUUAUUUACCUGAAGUUUUGUUAAUGAAAAAGAUGUAAAAAUAAGUUAUUCUAAAAUAAAUUGUGUUAAAUGUAGUUUUGG